AUGACGAGUGGAACAACCCCGCCAUUCCUCCCGGCGCAAAAACUGAAAGUGGCAGUCAAGGUCGAUCAGGAGUACAAAAUUCCUUGCAGCUCGCCCACUGUACAUACAUCAUCGACAAAGCAGGAAAGCGAAGCCACAUCUGCCCCAGGAAAUGAAGAAACGCGGCACAGAGGUCCGAGCGUGCUUGCUGGGCAAGGCAAAGCCAAGGGGGAAGCCACCGAUACACUAAAUAUCCUCAAUUCUCUGCGAAACGAAGAAGCCGAGAGGGAGCUUCGACAAUACAGAGGGAAAUAUGGCGGCUCGCGCGCAGCCAGCAGAGGCGCUGUGGUGGCUUACAAAGGGAAUGAUGCAGGGGGAGCCAUGGUAAGUAGGUCGAACAAGCGGGACGGGAGAACUCCCCCAGGCGCAGCGGCCGCAGCAGCCGCCGGCAUCGGCAACUCCUCGGCUCUGGCUUUGCACCGCACCCCCGCAAAGGUCCCGACGCCUACAUGGCACGCGCCGUGGAAGCUGCAUGCGGUGGUGGCGGGUCACUUGGGGUGGGUGCGGGCGGUGGCCUUCGACCCGGCGAACGAGUGGUUCGUGACGGGCUCAGCGGAUCGAACCAUCAAAGUCUGGGAUCUGGCCAAGUGCGCGGCGGGGGCGGAGGGGGGCUUGCGCCUGACCUUAACGGGCCACAUUUCGGCCGUGCGCGCCUUGGCGGUAUCAAACAGACACCCCUAUUUGUUCUCCGUGGCCGAGGAUAAGACCGUCAAGUGCUGGGACCUAGAGCAGAACAAAGUCAUCCGCCACUACCACGGCCACCUCUCAGGCGUCUACAGCCUGGCGCUGCACCCGACACUCGAUGUCCUUGUCACGGGCGGGCGGGACUCUGUGGCACGCGUGUGGGACAUGCGCACCAAGAUGCAGGUGCACGUGCUGGGCGGGCACACCAACACAGUCGGGGCCCUCGCCACCAAUUCCGUGGACCCGCAGAUCAUCACUGGCUCCUACGAUUCCACGAUCAAGCUCUGGGAUAUCGUUGCUGGCAAGUCGAUGGCUACCCUCACGAACCACAAAAAAGCUGUGCGCGACCUGAAGGUGCACCCGAAGGAGCUCUCAUUCGUCUCCGGUGCCCAAGACAACCUGAAAAAAUGGCAAGUCCGCGACGGGAAGUUCUUGAAGAACCUGAGUGGUCACAAUGCCGUCAUCAACACGCUGGCCAUAAAUGAGGACAAUGUACUGGUCUCAUGCGGGGAUAAUGGAAGCCUUCGUUUUUGGGACUACCAGACUGGAUAUUGCUUUCAGAGGCUGGAGACGAUUGUGCAACCGGGCUCCUUGGACUGCGAGGCAGGGAUCUAUGCUUCGGCUUUCGAUAUGAGCGGGACCCGCUUUUUAACGUGCGAGGCAGACAAGACGGUCAAAAUCUGGAAAGAGGACGCGGAAGCAAGCCCCGAGACUCACCCGAUCGACAUGGAGGCCUGGAAGCAAGAGUGCCUUUCCCAUAAGCGGUGGUAA